UCAGUUACGGUUUGCCGGCUGCUCAUUGGUCGCGAAGGAGGAAGAUGCGACAGCAAUGGUAUUGCUGUGUGGACGAUGCACGAGCGAUGUCUGAUGUUGAGGCAGCGUACGCAGACUUCAUUGCAUCUGGCAGGACGGGACGCAGGAACGCAAUGCACGACAUCCUGCAGAGUCCCACAGACCCAGAGGGACGUGAACUGCCCCUCACCCUGUCUUUGUCCCAGCUGCACAUUAACGCAGGAGGGGGAGGUAACCUGCUGCAUGAGACUAUUUCAAUGGAGAUGACACUGAGGACAGCCAGAGCUCCUCUUCCUCCUCGGCCCACAGGGAUGCUGAGCAGAGGAACAGCUAACCAGCCACACACUCCUGCCAGUGGACAGAGAGCUGCAAGAUGGACUCCAGCCACCAGUGUGAUGAAGCCAUUUGUCCUAAGUGGGCUGGUAGCUGGAGGGUAGCACCACCACUGUUGAGGCACCCAUAAGCAGGGCACUGACCACCCCCCACCCCCUCCAAAAUCCACUCUGGAGGUGCUGUGCUGUGAUCUGAUCACCCAGUGCUCUCAUAUGUCCUUGUGACUCUGCUGUGCACUCGAAGAACAGGCGGUUGGCAGGGGUGUAUCAGUGUUGGAGUAAGCAGACAAAUUUGUAGCCCUUGUACAGCCGAUUUUACUUUCAGUCGUAGUUAUUAAACACACAGGCCAGAUGAUUGGAAUCAUAGCCUGAGAACCUCUGUGAGUUUUGUAGUCGUGCAAGCAAUUUGUGAGACCACUGAGACGUGCUAAUGUAAUGGUCACAGUGGGAGUAGCAUGUUUGUAGUGACGCUGAUAGAGAUUAUAUUGCCAGCUAAUGGCUUGUGCUUCCUUUAAAUUGACAAUACUGUAGAGGGAAUUGGACUACUUGGCUGUUGUAGAGCUGGAAAACACCAUGAACAAAAACCUUGAGGCCUGGUAACUUCAUCUGUGCAAACGUGUGUUCACUGAUCCUGUUGUGUUUGAGGAACAAAACCUAGUCAUAUGCUGUAUGUGAAACUGGUAUAUACAGAAAAAAAAACAGGAGACAGUAGGAGUACAUGGACAUUGUGGUGUGGCAGUGUUCUGUUGACACCAACAAUAGUUAAUAAUAGUGAAUAUGAGUGACAUAUUUUAAUGAGUCAGUGGUUUAAAAAAAUGAGGAUAACGUACUGUCUUUUAAAAUAUUUAUACUUCUUAUUUUUUACUUUUCUAACGAUGCCGUUAUAAUCACAACUUUAAAUGGAUGGUAUGAAAUUUUGGGAAAUACACUUUGCUUGGCUUCAAAUCGCCACUGGUACCACUUUGAUGUUUGAAUGCUAAAUAUGUAGCUGUAAUCAGCAGAUUAUUUUAGCUUUAGAGGAUAAAAAGCUCAAAUUGGGAAACAGCUAGCCUGGCUGUGUGCGAAGCUAAUAUCCACCUCCCAACACCCCUAAAACUGAAUAAUUGACAUGCUAUAUCUUCUCUUUAAAUUUGUCCAAAAACUGAAGUAUUAAAAGAGUCAGUAAACUUCUUGUCUAUAGCCAGGCAUUUUUUUUUAUUUGACAUGUUAAUUUUCAAGUUUUAUAAGUGCUGGUAGCGAGACUGUCUUAUCUUUUGGACAGAGUCAGGCUACCUGUGUCUUUAUGCUAGGCUAAGCUAAAACUUGGGAAAAUGUGGUAUUUAUACUUUUUUAUUUUAUACUUUUUUAUUAGCCAAGAUUAGUCAAGCGUAACCCUGCUUUGCCUGUGUUGUUCAUCAUGUACUUCAGUUAUCUGUGGGAGGAGCAAAAGUGUCAUUUAGCCUUAUUAUAGGAAACAGAUUUUGAUUUAUGAUCAUCAGUUAGGCAGUUCAGCAACUGUAAUGUGAAGAAAUGUAUUUCCUAAAAUGUCAAACUAUUCCUUAAAUGUAGAUAUGCAAUACUCAGUGGAGCUUCCAGUAAGUGUAACAUGUUUGUGUGAAGGUUUCUGUCUCAGACAUUGAGGCUGAACCACAUUACUGCUUCUUCCUGUAAGAAUGGAUACAUCCCAUGAUCAUCAUUCGCAAAGACCUUCAUGCAUGCACCGUAAAAACUGUGUAUUUCAUUAUUUCCCCCCCCCCCAGUAUAAUCUUACUAUAAUACUGCAGCCUGACUACGUGUCAUUCUCAUUCAAGCUAAUAAUAGGGCCAAUGAAACUGAUUUAUAACACUCAUUCAGUCAGGUUUUCAAGUUGUAAACUGCCAUGUGACUGCAUAGUGGCUCUCACACACUCUUCAACAAUACGCUGUAAAUCUAGCUGUUCAUAAUUCAGCAUGUAGAAGUAUAGGGGGCAAUGUGGCAUGAUUUUAAUAAACGUGUAGCUGUUGGUCUGACUGUCUAUAAUCAUAUUUUCUACCCAAUGUGUCAAAAUAAAUAACAAAUGAC